AAUGACUUCAUCCAACCAUUUCUUACUUCAAUGGAGUUACUAGUGGGCGGAAAAUUCCGAUGGAGGCCAGGUUAGACGUGUAUAGGGUUUUCCGCUGCUACCCACACGCCCUACAUUUGAUCACUCGCUAGCUUUGAGCUAGUUAGGUGGACAAUCUUUGUCAUCUUCGACGACUUUGCUAUAUAGUCGAUAAGAUCCUAUAUUUCCAAGAUGAACAAGAGGAAAGUAACCUAGAUACAUUUCAUCAUGUCAACUGAGAAUAUCGAGCUUGGAACACCCUUGACUUCACGAGGUCUUGACUCGGGAUCUGCACAAGUCGCUCCAGAGAUAGCAGACUUGAAUGAAACGAACCAGACUUUCGCCUUACCUCCAGCAGACUCAGGAAAGGAUGCAUGGUUGUUCUUGUUCUCGUGCUUCAUGCUCGAAGCUCUGAUAUGGGGUUUCCCUGCCUCAUAUGGUGUAUUCCAGGACUAUUACAGUACCCAUGAACCUUUCGAAGGAUCUCAAAAUAUAGCAGUAGUAGGAGCUGCAGCAAUGGGGAUCAUGUAUAUGGACAUAACGCUCAUGUUCCCACUGUUGAGGUACUAUCAGCGCUUGCGCCUGUGGGCAGCUCCCAUCGGACUCGUCAUCAUGGGUCUUGCACUAGGCCUUGGAUCAUUUUCUACGAAAGUGUCCCAUUUGAUUCUUACUCAGGGCGUUAUCUACGCAAUUGGUGGCGGAUUCGCUUGGACACCGAUCCUGUUCUUCUUAGAGCAAUGGUGGGUGCGCCGCCGUGGAUUCGCCUACGGAGCAACAAUGGCUGGUCUGGGUCUUUCCGGAGCUAUAUUGCCACUUAUACUCGAAUGGCUGCUGCACAACUACGGCUACCAAACUACUCUGAGGGUAUGCGCCCUAUCCUUCGUGGCCUUGAACUUCCCGGUCCUCAUCUUCUUCAAACCGCGAUUGCCUCUUUCUCAGACUGUCGAGUCUCGUCGAUUCGAUCUCUCUUUUUGGAAAUGCUCCAAUUUCCUCAUCCUGCAAUCAGGCAACGUAGUGCAGAGCCUUGGCUAUUUUCUCCCCACUAUCUAUCUGCCUACAUUCGCACGUUCGCUAGGGGCUUCGACUCUGCAGAGCAUUGUUACUGUUAUUCUAUUGAACGGGGCUGCUUUUGUUGGCUCCCUUUGCAUGGGAACUGCCGUCGACAAAUUCGAUGUCACGAAAUGUCUGUUUGUCUCUGCUGUGGGCUCAGCGAUUGGAGUGUUUGUGUUAUGGGGAUUGUCUACGUCUCUCGCUACGUUGUAUUGCUUCUGUGCCGUAUAUGGUGCAUUUGCAGGCUGUUAUUCGAGCAGCUGGAGCGCAAUUAUGCGUGAGACCAAGGAAAAGAAGGAGACAGCAGAUUCGGGCAUGAUAUUUGCAUGUCUAUCAGCUGGUAAGGGUGUCGGUAACUUGGCCAGUGGUCCUCUCAGCGAAAUCCUUUUGAGGUAUGGACCUUGGAAGGCAGGGAUGGCAUACGGAAGCAACUAUGGUGCACUCAUCGUUUUCACUGGGGUCACAUCAGUGCUUGGGGGAUGGAGUAUUGCUGCUCGCCGGCUCGGAUGGUUGUGAGGUAUCAUUAAUAAUCUAAAUCACCGGCAUGUGUACUGUUACAUUGUGCCCGAACAGCGAAGUUGUCCUGCAUGUUCUCUAGGAGGAUUCGUUCUCAGGCUUUUUGGUUGACGC